AUGAUCAGCGAAACCCCAUCCUCCGCGUUCCAGCACGACCCACUUCCCGACUCUUCCACACACUUCCGCCUACUACACAUUCUGCGCGGCGACUUUGGCCAACAUGUCGAAUGCGAGAUCUCCUCAUGGCCGAUCGACGAUGCACCAUCCUACUACGCGAUAUCGUAUACCUGGGGCGACCCAGCUGACACGGCCAAAAUCACUGUCAACGGCAAGCCGCUGGCUGUACGUCGGAAUUGCGAAUACGUGCUUCAGCAAGCUUUUGCGACGAAAGCUAGUCGGUAUUACUGGGUCGACGCCAUCUGUAUCGCACAGACGAGUAUACAGGAGAGAAAUCACCAAGUCGGCAUCAUGGGCAAGAUAUAUUCGGGAGCGAAGCACGUCUUCGCGUGUGUCGGGCCACAUGCAGAUGACAGCGAGUACCUAAUGGCAACUGUUGGUCGGCAGCGGCCCAUUCUCGAGAAGAUCAACAAAUGGGGCAAAUCGGUUAAGUCCUAUGGAAUGAUCGACCUAUUUUAUAACGCCCCGUAUCCGUUUAUCGAAGGGCAAAGACUAGUCGGAUCAGCGUUGAUAGAUAACAAGGACAACGGGUCUAUGUACGACCUUGAAAAGGAGAAGAGUCGCUUCUCACGUUUCAAGGGGUGGUUGGAUCCGGAGGAUUUGAUGGUUCUGGCAUGGAUGCUGGAUGGAGUCGAGGGCAAGGAAGAUGUUUCCGACAAAGACAUCGAGAAGUUCGUCAGCAUGCGCAUCUGUGGCUGGACGAACUCUUCAUAUUUCGAAAAGGUUGUGAAAGACAUUUGA